AUGGCGAGUUCAGCCAGCGCAUCUUCCCGCCUUCUUGUGGGUUGUUGCUGUGUAACGUUUAUCAGCGUGCUUCUAUUUAGCGUUGGCUUUGUGCGUUUAGAAUUGGAACUGAGAGCUCACAAGGAAAGGAUCGUGACUCUGGAGCAAAAUCAACAGAUCCUCAUCAGGCCUGCAACGGACACUUCGCCUUUAAUCAAAGGCAAGCAAAACUUACCUAGGAGAUGAGAUCUCUUUGUGAAAGAAAUGCUGCUAAAGGGACGUUUCUGAUGCAAAAGCGUAGUAUCAACCCCAAAAGCAUUCCGCUAUUUGCAUCACUUUAGCCGGUGCCACUGACGCUAGAGUGGGUUUUCGGAAAAGCAAAAAGGGCUGUAUGUUGCAUGUUGCAGGUUUUUUAUAUAAUAUUUUAGGGAAUGUUUUAGGCCUAUUCUCCACCACAUUACCCUGGUCCCUCUUCAUCGUUCUCUUUUUGACAUUUUAGCGAUAUUUGUGGCAAGAAUUCCUGUCUUAUUGCCAAAUAUUUUAUUGACGGUGUAAUUUUGACGGUGCCAUCUCUAGAUAAGUCAAGUAACUGCCGAGGUCUAUUUCUAUGGUCAUAUCCCUAGGGUGGGGAGAGAAUACGAUCGGUUUACACUUUCCCCACUAGAGGAGGGUAGGUAAUAAAUGUGAUAUUUAUAGACAGAAGAAUACUGUAAUAUGCUUUACUUAUCCUAGUGCUUUCCGGCUUUUCCGCAGAUACCGGUCGCCCCUUAAAUGUCCCAUCACAUUUAAUUCAAGGCGAUGCACAACGAAAGCCUCGAGCUGUUAAAGGUUCAGAAGAAGAGUCAAGUUCUUUGAGCCCAGAUGUACAAAAACAAAUCACCAAAGCUGUUCAAAUGGCAACACGUAAAUUUUGCACCAAUAAAGGUCAGGUUUGCGUUCAGGGCCCUCCAGGAACAUCAGGGCCACAGGGACCUCAAGGACCAGUGGGACCUCCUGGUUUAAAGGGACAAAAGGGUGAUCCUGGAGAACCAAACCCAUCGGUACCAACUUCUCUACAGCCAUUCAAAGGGCAACAGGGGAAUGUUAUCAAAGCUCCUGAGAUUGUGGUCAAGCCAGCCGUUAAGACUGUCAUUUUAAACGAGACAGCUACAUUUCAGUGCACAGCAGGGAAGCGCGUUGACGCAAAGAUCGCUUGGUCUAAAGAGGCUGGCUCUCUCCCUGUCGGAAGACAUUCCAUCAUCCAAGGGACGCUAUACAUCAAAAAUGUGAUUGUCAGUGACAGUGGAAUUUACGUAUGUACGAUUAGUACUGACCAAGGGACAGCUCAAGCUGCUGUCACACUGAAUGUGAAAGGUGAGAAUAAGAUCGGAACCUUUCUUUUAGAGACUGAUAACAAGACAAAUAACAACGCUUUUGCAAUUCUAUCAGCGUCGCAAAACUAUAUAUAGCUCACCAACGAUCUCCCAACCAGUCAAAUAAAGAAGUGAAUAAAUGUACUCGGAGUCAAUGAAAUCACGUCUGAGCAAGUCACAAAAUUAUUUCGGUUUUUCUUCUGAAAGGUUGUAAUUAAAUGGCGCAAGACUUUAGACAAUCAACGUGUAACAAUGGAAAAUCAAACGAACUUUCUAGAAUUGCCCUCGAAAGUAAUCUAUUAAAAAACGCACCGCUCGAAAAGACCUCUUGAUUAAUUUCAUACUUUAGCGUAUCACCGAAGUUAAGGCCAGUAUGGGUAACCAACCUUCUUCUCACCGUAUGUUCCCUUCUAUAACAGCUCGUCCAGACAUUUCUCUCUCCCCUGGGCCGAUAUACGCAGAGAGCGGUGGAGACGUGGUGCUUCCUAAAUGCAGCGUCAUUGGAUAUCCCCCUCCUGUAGUAUUUUGGACUAAGCUUUUUGAUGAACUUCCUGGGAAAAAAGCCACAGUCAAAGACCACACCUUGACUAUAACAAAAGCAGACAGGAAGGAUGCAGGAACGUAUAUCUGUACUGCCACAAACCAUAUGGGCACUUCGCACGCCAUGACGACUUUGAUCGUUAAUGUGGUACUGCAGUUUACUGUCAAGCCACCAAAGAAGAUAGAACGUUAUCAUGGACAGUCAGUUACACUGAAUUGCUCUGCACAAGGAACACCAGUACCAACUAUCACUUGGUCAAAAUGCAAAGGAAAAAUUCCAGAGGAACGUACACAUACGAAUGACGGUCAGAUAAGGAUUAACAGUUUGACUGCGAAAGACAGUGGUGUUUACACCUGCUCAGCCAGGAGUGGCUUGCUUCAGGUGGAGACUGAAGUGCAACUUAUAGUUAAAACUGGUAAGCAGUGGCAAAUCAGAAAUGCUGAGAAGUACACGAUGUUUAAUCUCGGGUUAAGGCAAAAAAAGUGUCAGUUGAAAAGCAUUGUUAAAUGCUCCAUCGUUUGCUCACGGCAAAGACGUUUUGGCGUUCGGCUUUCAUUUUGUUUUUAAGGAGGGAGGUAAACCUUUAGUACUAAGAUUGCCAUAGUCGAAAAGUUUACAGACAGGUGAGUGCAUAACCAUAUGAAUUUUCUACAAAUUCACUUGCUAGUGCAGCUAUUGUUUUAGAGUUUAAAAGACUAUUCGCGCAUGUACAGUAAAUUACACUUAAAGUUAAUUAAAAGAAAAUUGGUCCCGCGUUUGCAAGCAAAAUAUUUUAGCUUAUUUUCAAGUCGCCCGGUUUACUUGGCAUGCUUUGUAUUAAUAUGCACUGUUUGUAGUUCCACUUCAUUUCGUAUGUUGCAAUUGUGCAUCAGUGUUAAUUAGAAAGUUAGUUAAUCUCUCUGUGUAUUCAAUCCACAUUUGUAUUAAAUCCAUCCUUGUUUAACUUUUUGCAGCCCGAGAACUGUGCUGAACUGUUUUCUGUGGGCUUCAAAGAGAAUGGCGUUUACACAGUGAACCCAACAAACAAAACCAGUUUUGAGGUGUUCUGUGACAUGAAGACUGAUGGGGGAGGAUGGACGGUAUUUCACAAGCGCGUUGAUGGCUUUGUUGGAUUCUACAGGGCGUGGGAGGAGUACAAAAACGGCUUUGGUGACGUCGGAGGUGAGUUUUGGCUUGGAAACGAGAAAAUUCAUCAACUGACAGAGAUUCCGAGUCAGCUGCGAGUGGAAAUCAAGACAAGGAACAAUGAAAUUAAGUACGCUAAAUACAGUAAUUUCACAGUCACUAAUCAGGCUACUAACUACACGCUUUUUGUUGGGUUUUACUCUGGAACAGCAAAGGACAGACUCGCUUAUCAUAACGGCAUGUCUUUCUCCACCACUGAUCGCGAUAAUGACAAGACUAGCAGUAACUGUGCUAAAAUUCGUGCAAGUGCCUGGUGGUACAAUAAUUGUGCCAAUUCAGAUCUUAACGCCGCGUAUGGGCACAAUUAUUAUCUUUGGUAUUGGAGUAACCUUUUGGAGAGCGAAAUGAAACUAAAACCUAGAACUAAAUGAUUUAAGGAUGACUUAAGAAACGCUACACAUAAGUUCUUAGAUUUACAAAACAAACCUGGUAAGAUGAACAAAAAAAACAUGAUUGUUAUUUUCCAAUUAGAUGCUUGAAAUGACCGCAGUCAUCCUACAUUUUGUACAAGGUACAGACCCUAGUGAUCAUGAGAGUAUUUGUUGUGAUACUAAAAGUUACAGAAUCAGGCCCUUUCACGAAGUCAGGUAGUAUAACAGCAACAGCAACUUCAUUUAACAAUUUAAGCAACUUGGAAAUUCCGGCUAAAAGCUCAAGAGCUAGUCUGGGGGGUGCGGGUUUACACAUUAACUAAAUUUAAAAAAAUUAAGGUUAAACCGCUUCAGUAACAAUCAAAAUGAACAAGCAAAACGAAAAGACAAAAUGAGGAAAAAGGAAAAAGGGAAAAAGGGAAGUGGAUAGGGGACAAUCAAUCUUUGGAAUUUGCUGCAGGAAGAUUUUCAAUUCAAGCGUAGAGCGUGUUCUUCGCUCAGUGGGGGAUUCUCAUUCCAUAAUUUUUGUACCAGUUCUAGAGAGAACGCAACUCUUGAUUAACCCUUAGUAGGCUCUUGCCCUUAGCUAGAGUUUUUGUCGCAGAAAUGUCCUGCGGCAGAAGAUUUUAAUUGAAGUGGAAAUGGAUCAUUUUCAGAGCAUAUAAAUAUAGUUUCGAAAUGCUAGAUAAAGCAUGAUAAUUUCAGGUAGAAGAAGUCCAGUGGAUUUGAAUAAAAGCAAUUUUCAGACUGGCCUUUUUUUUUUUUGCUAAAAACCCGUGGAGGCUUCUGGAACCACCAUCAAUAACUUACUCAUGAAACGGCCACCAAAAUUACUCAGAAUAAUGUACUCAUUAUUUUCAACAUCCACUCCCGCAGGCAUAACGUGUAGAUUUAAUGACGCAAUUUGACGAAAUAGUAAGGUGUCUGACAAAAUCAAGAAGAUGGUAAACACAUUAAUAAUCUUGAACCAUAUCAGUGAUGUCAUGAUGACGUCAUUUAUUGUAAAAGAAGGGUCUGGAACCAUCCGACAUCUUGGAUCUGCCAUUUUGAAUAUAUAAAAUGUAUUCAAUAUUUACUUAAAACCUGUAAACAUUUAAUGUAAUUUUGCUAAAUUAAGUGUAAUGCCAAAAUUCAAUUAGUACAAAUACAAAUAAAUCCUUUUUUCUAGGAAAAAAGCAAAUUUUGAAAUACAUGGCUGUCAAAACUUGGUUGCCAUGGUAACGUCACGACGACUUUAAAAUAAUCCCAGAUAAUUUUUAGGGAAAAGUUUGGCGGUCAUAGCUUGAACGGUUAUGAAGCCAUUCAACCUUUUUAACGAGGGGUAACUCCAAAAAGCCCUCCGGUAAGAAUAGGGUUAACCGUUAGGAUUCCGAAACUUUUUAGACAAAAAGAGAAGUAAUGUGCAAAAAAAUAUGAGAGUGAAGUUCCGCGUCGAAUUUCGUCCUUUCAGUCUUGCGAAAGUUCACAUCGAAAUUUUGCUGUAACGCCCCGACUUUCGUCGAGUGAGCAGAUUUUUCGCGGAUAUCUACAGUAGCGAAAUUUCGGUUUGCUAACAACACGGAAUGUAACAAGAACACUAAUAAGUUUAAUAAACGCGCUUUCUUUUAGGAUCGCUACCUUCACGACGAUUGCUAAGAUUACUGCAAAAAAAAAAAACGUAGUCUUUUAUAGCGAAAAAAAAAUUCGCCUACGUUUUUUUUUUUGAGGGGGGAGGUGCUGUGGGGGGAAGAAUUUGGUUUGUUUAGUUUUUAUCCAAAUCCAUGCUUGACAUUACUAUACAACAAAAAUGCAUCGUGAGGCAAAGUGUUCCAUGAUAGACUUGAAUUUUACCUCAAGCCAUGUUUUCAUGAAAUCGCCGCAAUCGCAAAGAUAGAAAUAAAAUCGGCGAUCGUAGUAUUGAAAAAACUCCUGUACUAUCUAGAGGACGGUAGCUGGGAUGCUGAAGAUCAGCUAGCAUAUAAAAGUCCAACAAAAACGAUGCAAACGCUUUUGUAAAUUUACAGUUUCAUUUAAUGUACGUUAAACAUCUUGACAGCUUUUCCCUAGGCAACGAAAACCAUUGGAAAAGAAUAUGGUUCCAUUGACGAACAGUAAAUAGUUCAAAAGUGGCGCGUGCUAAUACAAACGCUUUUACUGAAUGUUAUACGAUGGAAAGAUAUUAGAGUUAUUAUCAAAUAUCUUUAAGUUGAUUCAAUGGCCCGUCUGAUAGCUGAGUAAAACAUUAAUUGGAUUAAAAGUCACCAUGUAUCAUUAAACGUUUAAGCGAAUUUAGAUUAAGUUUGCAUGCUCUUACAAAAUACUCAUGCCCUGUCCACACGUAUCCGGAUAUUUUUGAAUCCGCAACUUUUUCUUUCCGGAUUCGGCUACCGUCCACACGUAUCCGGUGAAUCCGGCAUGCGUACCCGCAACUUUUUGAAUCCGUUCUCCAGAGCGGAAAUUUUUGAACACGCUAUGAAUCCGGAAUCGUGUGGACUGUACGGACGGACAGGUGGGCGUACGCUGAUGUCAUAACCAAAUUUUGUCACAUCGAUAGGUUUCCAAUUUUUAUAGCAUUGGAGUGGCGGCUCUGCUAUUAAGUCUCUUUUAACUCUGACUGUCGAUCUUGUCUUGUUUACAAGCUUAUAAUUGCACCGCAAGAGAUGCAAUGGCUUAGCUAGUGUGGGCGGUGGAAAACAAUGCGAAAAUGCUGGUAUAGACGCAAACGUUUUGGUGCCUUUGUGUUAACAAGGAAACGCAUGGAUAUUCAGUAGAGGGUAGUUGUCUUUUGUGUUUUCCAGGCUGUACAAGUUUAGUUAAAUGUUUGUAAAAAUUCGUUUCAGGAUCAGAGGAGGCGGAGGAAGUCCUCAGUUACCAAAGCCUCUCCCCUUCCUUGUAAUCGAGCACGUAUCGACAAUUUCUCCUCCUCCAACUCCGCCUAGAUUGAUCUUCUUUUGGUGGCUUCCUUGCGAUGCAUGAGGGGGCCCAAUACAGAGCCAAGCUUCACUUUUUCCCCUAAGUAUUUCUGUCUUUGUUUCGCUUUUCGUAUUAAUGAGGAGACCAAGAACUUUGACUUGUGGUCGCCAUUUUGAACAACUGAAAUCCAUUAUGAAAGCCUUAUUAUUCCCUUUGAACGGGCGUUUCUAAUACUGGAGAUAACGCAGGAAGCCCAAUCUUCAAGGUUAAACGUCUACAAUAUUAAUUUAGUCUAACGGGUUUCGUUUAACUUUUGGCUAAAAUGAUAGAUCAACCUUUCAACCAUAAAAAAAUGCUAUUUUAGUCAGUCUACAGCACGAUGAUCCGAGAAUAGUCCGUUUCUCAAUUAUUGUGCCGCUUUCUGCGUACAUUCGUGCUUUAAUUGAUGAAUAGUCAGCCUCUACUCAUUGAUAUUGGUACAUGUCCUACUACUUCCCAAGGCCUACGUAGUUCUAAGUAAGUUAAAAGCUUAGUAAAGUGAGUCCUUGGUACUCUAUAGAAUAGGUAAUAUACUCAUAAGAGUCCCAGUGAACGCGAUCGAAAAGCGCCAAUUCGAUGCGUAAAACCUCACGGAAUGUUUGGUAAAAUAACGAUCAAUAACUUCCUGCUUUUCUCAGAGGAACAGAUUUACGCAUCAGUGAAACUGUCUCGGUUUGGCGGUCGUUAAAGCCGUUAAAGAGGCCUUCUUGUGUUACAAAUCAUGUUAGUGACAAAAAAUUGUUUCCCGUGUUUUAGGAAAACUGACGCCGAUUUGUUUCAUAUUCAUUCCAUUGUACCCAGGCUCAUACGCAUCUUUUCACAAAAGACUGAAUUAUCCGGGUAAAAAGCGGCAACAAAAAGUAUAAACAAAUUUUGAAAUUUUAAUGUAAUUGUUAUAUAUGCGCCAAUAUGAUGCGAGGAACCGCAUGGAAUGUGUGGAUUAGCUUCCUGUUUUUCUCAGGGACACGAAUGUAAAUGUCACUGAGUAAACCUGCCAUCUCAGGCGUAAUGAUAGAGCCGUUAGAGUCGUUAGAGAGGCAAAGUAAAAUGAGAUGACGUGCCUGUUCGUCUCCCUUUUGCGUUUCAUCCGUUCAUAGUUAGCAGAGGAGACUGGCGAUGAAAGCCGGCAAACAUCAAAGUUGAAAACAACGGUGCCGCAGUGUAUGUUGACCGUGCACAAUCCUUUGUUUUUCGUUCACAGAUUGUGACUGAAUAAAUUAAUGCAAGGUUUCUAUUGGUCAGUAAAUUCAAAAUGAUAGGAAUGCAAUUGAACGUUGUGCACGGUCAGGUCCAAAAAAGCUAACAAAAACAUAUAACAAAGAAGUCUAAAGGGUUUCUUUAUAAUUAUUGUAACUCACAUGUACUGAAACAUUCCAUGCAAUAAACGCAAUUUUCUUCACGGCCCAUUAGGUGAAAAAAAGGGGUUUGUAUAAGGAGAUACUUUAUAUUUUUGAGGAAAUUAAAACUCAUAAAAAAUACUGUUUGAAGAGAAUACCAGCUGAUAGAGGUUUUCCAUAAAAUCUAACUGACAACAAGCCUUUCAAAAGUGAUUUUGAAGAAAGAAGGAAAGAAAGAAAGAAAACAAGCCCUUCAACAAAAGAGUAAAGAAAAUAAACGCACUCCGAUCCUAGCCUUUUGAAACACAAUAUCAACCAUCAUGCCCUAAAAACAAAUUCUGAUGAGUAAGCAAAUGGCAUUUCAGGGGCCAACUGAAAGUUGAUAGUACACACGUGCGUACCCCCAAAACGGCCAAAAAAUUAAAGAUAUCAUUCGGAAGGAAAAGAAACAAACAUUAGUUAACUAAGUGGCGAUUAUUGAGGACAGCACACUCGUCUCAAGUCAUGAAACUUCUCUUAUUUGUUUAAAUUAAUAUUUCAAAUAGAAAAAACAGGAUUUUCCCCACGCAAAUGCUAUUUUUUACAGUGACAAGAUUUCCGGCCAGUGUACAUACAAUUGAUGUUGAUGCAAGUGCAGAAAAAAAAUUCAGAAGAAGAGGGGUUUACGCAAAGUUAAAGGGUUGACUAAGUUGCAUCAUUCACCAGUGACCACUGUGAGCGUCAUCCUACUUUUACAGUGCGACUACUAUAACUGGGGCCACUUCAGUAGACAAAGUUGACUGAUCGUUAAAGGAAAUAACAAAUUCCAAGAAAGUUGGUUGUGGGCCAAUCAGCAGCUCGUAAAAAACAACAGUAAGUUACUCGAAGCACUUAAAAUUUAAUAUCGAUAACAAACGUUUUUAAGGAAAGCAGUCACCAGAAAAUGUUUUUGCCAUUGGAAACUUUGAAUACAACACCCAGAGACAUAUUUCUUUGACACAAGCUGACAGCAAGUCAAGAAUAUAACUGUGAAAGGUUUGAACCCAGGAGUCAUUUACGUUUUUCGCCUGCAUCACUCACCCUAAAGGACCUCUUGGGAAACACGUGCUUUCUUCAGCAGGUUUAAAAGUUCACGUCUGUAGGUUGUAAUUGGUUGAUUUCGAUCCAUCAUGUUGUUUAUUUUGUUUCGUGGUAAUUAUGAUUGAGAACUAACUUUCUCGGAAUGUAUUGUUAUUCUCCUGCAAUCUGAUUGGUCAAUUUUGUCUAGAUGGCCCCGGUUAUAGUAGUCUCACUGUAAUUCUUACAAGUCAAAAAAUCCCACUUUAAGAGGAACAUACUUAACAGUAGAGGGUCGGAAAUAGCGUUUAGGAGCAUCUCGUUUUCAAUUUUUUUAUUUGGCAGCAUACCCCUUAAAGGUGUAUGGCGUUCAGCUCUAAAAAUCGUCCAUUUGUACUUACCUAACUAAGCCCCUGCAUUUGUUUACAAACCAGCCACUGGUUAAAGAAAUAUUUGAGAAGCCGUUAUUAUACAAGAAAGGGCAGUCUUCGUUCAGAGCAAAAUUGUGAUUACGGGUGAAACAUUAGCAAGUGAGUCGACUAGGUCUUCACCCCAUUUCAAACUUACACUACUUGCAUAAGUAAGGUAAAAGUUGAAAACUUCAACCCACUUGUUGCUUUAUUUAUUAUAGAAGAAGUAUCGACAAAAGUAUCGACGACUUUUGAAAUUUUAAUGGAUGUACUCAGCAAUUACAAUCUACAGAUUAUGUAUCUGCCAAUUGUAAAGUUCUUUAACUUACAUAACUUUAAUUGACGUUUUCUUGAUAAUGAUGUUAGAAUAAUGUUGCUAGCAGCCGCAUUGUCGAAACGUCGAAUAACGUUAACUUUCUGGUUAAAUGCUUUAACAAGCAACUGGCCAUCGGAACUUACGCUACGCUCAGGAAAAGUUAAUGUGUAAUAUUCAGGUCUUACUUAAACAUCAGAACAACUGACGAACCAUGUGCUAGUCAUUCUUUUAAUGCAACUGCGCAUGUGCAAGACCUGCCCUAAAAUAUAAGAGGUCUGGAACCUAAUAUAUUACAAUGUAAUGGAUUCCUAUAUGAUCAGUUCUGCCAUCUUCAGACGGUUUGGCUCGUGCGUCCCGCUCACUUUCUCAGAACAAGUACCUGAAGCUGGAAGUAAAGGAGGCAAUCAAAAGAAUCACAGCAUUCACCACAGGACCAGAGGCUCCAUUGCAGUAAUCAGAAGAACAGCAACUCAGUUCACACUUGAUGUUGGAUUUGCUGCAGUCUCCUGUUCCCCUGCAGGGACUCGGAGCGCAUCCUUUGAGGUAUGCUUCACCGCCGGUUGUUGUAGAAAACCUCAUUUUGAAACACGUUGAGGUUGACCUACAAUAUUCUUUCUUUUGGUUGGCGUCACAAUCUUUAAAAGAGUGAAUGCUACGACAUCGGUAACAUUGACGGGUAAUCACUAUAGCGAGAAAGAAGAGCAGGUUCCCAAUUAGGCUAGCAGAAGCAGUUCAGCAAUAAACUGUAAAAAAGACUUAUCAAUUUUGUCCGAAAAUGAGCUUUGAGUCUUAACUUUAUCAGCUCUAGCCUUUUGAAAUCUGCCCAGAGACAACGUUUAAUUUAAAAAAAGCGACAACUUUGCUUAUCAAAAUAUCGAGAACUAAUUGUGGACAGAAAAUACCUAUAGUAACUAUAAGAUAUUUAGCUUUAAACAAGACAUAAUUGCCGAGUCGAGUAUUUCAAUAAACUGACACGAUUGUUUAAAGUCACUAUCUUGUGGAUAAAAUUUAUCCUUUUCGCGUCACCGAUCUCGGUUGUUCGAUGCUUUGAUAGCCCUAUCAAGCCACUAUCCAGGAGAUAAAGUUAUCCAUGUCAAGGCAGGUCGUAUAACUUGGCCUGGUCAUAUUCAAGUGCGUUAACAUUCACUUCCUAGAAAAUUAACUCAAGUGUAAUUGAUAAAUGCAAGUAGUCUUCAGAACAUACGUACGCUGUAUAAGCAGGGCCCAAAACCUUCAGUUGCCCAUUAAAAUUGAAAAAAAAGAUAUUCCAACAUUCAUCAGUUGAAAUAUCGUUAUUAAAAUAAAUGAAAUCAACUGACACAGCGAAUCGAGAGCACGCCUCUUUCAAAAGGGGGACAAAUUGUAUGCAACGAUGUUUCUCUGAAAUCCUUGUGCAUACCGGGAAUUACUCUAUAAAAAAUGACAUAAAAAAGUAGCUUUCUUUUUAAGAUUAUUUUCACAGAAGCUAAUUAAAAGAGUAUUAGUUGAUGUCGGAUUGAGACUGCUCUGCGUAAGGCACCGAGGCCUACAGAAUCAAGUUUAUUAAAUAGACUCCUACCCGCUGGCAAGAAGAUCAGGAACAUGAAUAAAGCCAAAUGCUGCAAAUUUGACAUGCUGGAUCUCUAGUUCCUCGUUCGUCAACUCCUCUUUGAAGCAAUAACCAAGGUGCAAACGUACAACAGGAGGGCACAAGUUAAAUGAUGACUGAAGUAACUCUUGAUAAUCUUAGUAAUUAAGUUGUCAAUUAAACAAGACAAUUUCAGUCAAAGUUAUCUUGAACGUUACUGGUUAAAGCGCAGGCCAACUCCCACUGCUAACAUUUGUCACGUGAAGCUUGACUCCUAACAAGGUAUUGAUCACGCCCCUCCUUUUACCACAUAUUUUUAAUUACAAAUUUGAAGUAGAUAUUGAGACUAUUUCUUAUCAAUAUUGAAUCAGAAAAUAAUUGAAUAGCAGUUUGCGUCCGUUGGUUACAAAUUGUUACAAAUGUCACUGCAUGAGUGAUGUCGCACGAGCUUAUUGGUCGAGAGCUAUGGUUUGUAAGAGCAUAAACCACGGAAAGUGACUUAAUGAUCCCGCAAGUUGUUUUUCCCUUUUCCGCGAGCGAUUUCACCGCAAGAAUUAACCGUUCGCCAAAAUUGGACUCAACAGAAAUGGAAAUUUAUAUCAGUGGAUGUAGGUGGGUGCAUUCAUCUGUAAAGGCAAGUGCAUGAGCACAAAGACAAAUACCGUAUUUACUCCAAGGUUCGCUUAACUCAUACACGGGCGUCAUUUUGGAGAAAAAUACUUGUUAACAUGGACCGCAACAGAAUAAGCGCCGCAUUCUCCCAGCAUUAAUGUAGUCGUCGAUUUCUUUUUGAAUUUUUUUUACAUUGUUGAUGCUGAUAUGGAUGAUUAGAAGGGGACGUGGACUAUUAAAGCUUACUUUUGUUACAUCUUUGAUAUAGUCUGUUUGUUUUUCUAAACAAAGCAAAAACAAAGAUACUUCUUGGCCUUCGAGGAUCUAAGGCGUUGCGCGAUCCUGAAAUCCUAUUCAGUAGGGGACUGCCUACCCUGCAAGCAGAGGCUACAUUCUCGCUGUUGAGCUGGCGUGCGAAAAGUAGCUACUUUUCGCACGCCAGCUCAUACCGCGAAAAUGUAGCCUCUGCUCGCAGGGUAGGGAGUGCCAAGCCCUAUCGUUGAACUCUGCAAUAGUCAAUGACUAAUUAACUGAUCAUCUAUCGAUUACCUAUCAGUUACUCAUUGAUUUCAUUGAUGUUAUCGAUUAAUUAUGUCUGAUGCUAAAAGGGUUUGCUAAUGAUAGCGAGAGUGAAAGCCGAGUGUGAUGGUUUGGAAAGUACAUUCAGAAAAUCACUCACCAGCAACCACUGUAAGAGUCAUCCUACUUUUAAAAUACGAGCGAGGCGAAAAAGGCCAAUGCAUUUUGAGAAGAUACUUUGCAGUAAAUGGACUGGAAAUAGCGUGUUCGACCAUCUCGUGUUAAACAUGUCUUAACGCCGAUCCUUUAUCGUAUACCAUACGAUCAGUUGUUGUUUAAACCCUUAUCUUGACACCCUUCGUUGAGGUCGACCUACAAUUUACUCUCCUCCGGUUUUCUUCACAAUCUUUACAAGAAAGACGGUGCUAAGACAUUCGUAACAUUCACCGCAAAACACUGUAACGAGAAAGAAGAGCAGGCUCCCAAUUAGUCUAGCAGUAGCAGUUCAGUUAUAAAUUAUGAAAGAUACAGCUAUAAUUAUUGGUAUCCGAAAGUAAAGUGUGCUUCGAGUCAUCUUCGUCUCAUUAAAAAAUCUACCCGGAGACAAAGAAAGUAGUGACUAUUUUCUUCACCAUAAUAACGAGGACUUAGCUCUCGGGGGUGGAGAGAAAAUAACUAUAGUAAGCCUGAUAAUCAGUUUUAAACCGGAAAUAAAAAGAUUUAAAUUUAACUCACUAUAAAUAACAAAAGAAUGUAGCACCACAGUUUCCUUAGAAACUGACCCCUUUAAGAAUGCCGAGUCGAACAUUUCAAUAGAAACUGGUCAUGUGCGAGUGCGUCAACAUUUAUUACUUCCUGGAGAACUAACUCAAGUUUAAUCAUAGAUAAAUGCGAGUAGUCUUCAGAACAUACGUGCACUAGAAAAGCAGCAGAGACAUCUACAGUAGCCCAGUGAAAUCGAAAAAGGUAAUCCAACAUUAAUCACAUCAAAUAUCAUUAUCAAAAUAAAUGAAACCAAUUAACACAGCAAACAAAGCAAUGGAAUUACUCUGUGCAAACGACAUCAACAAGUAGCUUUCUUUCUAAGGCCGUAAAUUGGACAGAAGCUAAAGGAAAGGGUAUUACUUAUGGUAUCUAGUAGACCAGGUUUAAUUAUUUCAUUGCAGUCAAAAGUCUAGUUUAAAUAUAAGGUCUUACGGUACUGCUGUUAAUGAGGACAAGCGAGCUCUAAAUUUAAUGGCACUAGCACGUAAACAGAGUCAGAGCGAUUUUGUGAUGCUAUUAUAAGCAAUUAAAAUUCAGUUGGUAAAAGUAUUUUAAAGUAAUUCAUCUAUCGUUGUAUGUUAAAUUCCAAAUUUCUAGUUGUUCAAUACAACGAGCUCCUCCACGACAGCAUAGAAACGAAACUGGAUUGAAACUAAAUGUAAUGCACCGAGGCCUCAGGUGCAGAAUCAAGUAAUAAAAUACUCCUGCCAACUGGCAAAAAGAUCAGAAACAAGAAUACAGCCAAAUGCUGCAAAUUCGACAUGUUGAAUCUUAAGUUCCUCUUCUGUCAACGACUCCUCUUUGAAGCAUCAACCAAGGUGGCGAACAACACGAGGGCACAACUUGACUCAAUUAACUCUGGAAUCUAUGUAAGUGGUUGUCAAUCAGUUAAACAAGACAAUUUCAGUCAAAGUAAUUUAUUGUUUAAAACGAAAGCCCAAUGAUCUCUUUACAAGGUAUUGAUCACGCCCCACUUAUUUACCACAUACUUAAUUACAAAUUUGCAGUGGAUACUGAGAUUUGGUACUUCUGAGUAUUAAAAAUUCUAAUUAAUAUUGACUCACAAAAUAAUCGAAUAACAGUUCGCUUUCGCUGGUUCCACCAUAUUAUCACAAUAUCAUUGAGAGAUUAGUGGCGAGUUUAUUGGUCGACAGCUAUGGUCUAUGAGAGCAAAGACCACGGAAAUGACUUGAUGAUCCCGCAAGUUGUUUUUCUCUCUUUUGAGCACCCGAUCUUCCAAGAAACGUCGCCGAAAUUGGACUCAACAGAACAGGAAAUUAAGAUCGGUAGAUGUAGGUGGGUGCGUACUUCUGUAAAAGCAAAAUUAUUACAAAUUUCAGGACGUACGGAACUACAUAAAAGCAGAAAAAUAUUAAUAAGCACCGCCAUUGAAUAAAGAAUUAGUGCCGCAUUCUCCCAGCAUGCGGUACGGCGUACUUUAUGAAUGUUUUUUUCAUUGUUGAGGCUGACAUAGCCUGCGCGCAGACGAAAUUAAACUCUGGUUAACUCCGUCUGCGAAACAGCGCCGAAAUCCUUGUUCUGGACUUCCAGCUGUGUACCCAGAUUUGAGUACGCGCCACGAUUGGCCAGUUAAAAAAGGCCUUUGUUUUGUUUGUCGUGAUCGCCAAUCAGGUUGAAGGGAAAUUCGAAACGCACUUCCGGUAAUUCGUUGAGUCCGUUGGGGGUUCAGAACAAGGAUCUCUGCGCUGCUUCGCAGACGGUACUAAUCAGAGUUUGGUUAUCGUCUGCACGCAGGCUAAGGCUGACAUGCAUGAUUAGAAGAGGAUAUGAACCAUUCAACACUAACUUUUGUUACUUCUUGAAUAUAGGCCGUUUUUUUUUUAAACACAGCAAAAACAAAGAUAAGCUCUUGCGGGAUCUAACGCGUUGCGCGAUUACGAGGUCCUAUUGGGGGAGUGCCAAGCCCUAUCAUUCCACUCGGUAAUAAUCAGUGACUAAUAAUCAACUGAUCAUCUAUCGACUACCUAUCAAUUACUCAUCGAUUUUAUUGAUGUUAUCGAUUAAUUAUAUCUGAUGCUAAGAGGGUUUGCUGGUGGCAGCAAGAGUGAAAGCCGAGUGUGACAGUCUGGAAACUAUUUUCCAAUUUAAGAAAAGAACUAUGGGCAAGAGAGCGGUGGAGGCACCUGAAAAAGAGCUCAUUUGGGCAAUUCUUUGGACAAAAGGUUUAUGACUUCGACAAGGGCAUCUGAGGAACGGGACAGAAAAGUUAGUUAUGGCGGCACAAAGCCAGUAACUAAGGAUUAAUGCAGACAGUUCGAUAGAGAAGCAUGCAGUUUCAAUCAGUUGCACUUAACUCCGUCGCAAUGAUUUUUUGAUACCCUAACCCUAACCCUCCACCACUAGCCACCUCUACUUCAGUGAAUAAUUGUUAUGUAAAGUAUGUGAAGCUUGUAAACUUCGUGUUGUUUAUAGGCCCUACCUGCCAAUAUAUAUGACAUAAAAGCAAUGUACGGAGACACAGUUUAAGUGAUGAUCAGUAGUUUUUCUUUUUAGGACAAGGGGUGAGAAUUAGCCACAUUGUCUCAUCUUCUUAUGCUCAUAUGUAUUACGUGUAAUACGUGUAUAGUAUUGGUUGUUUUCAUGCUUUUUGAGGUAGUUCCGUCUAGAACCGGUUCACGGCCGCUUCUUUCAUUUCUCUACUAUCUUAAGUUACGCAAAGCAUAAACAGUGGAGACCAACAAAAAGCCAUUGAGCACAUUCAAGCCCUCGCAAACGCUUUGACGGACGAAUAAUUAAGUCAGUAAUUCUAUGAAUAAUGUCAAGAGAACAGGCUCCCGAAAAUUCUAGGCGACCUUUUUAGGGUAAAAAUUCGUUAAAAAUGGACAAUUAUACCACUUUUUAGAUGUUCGAAAAUCCGAGGAGAUAAAAGCAAGCAAGAAAUUUUACAACAAUUGUUCCGAAAAUUCUAGAUCUCAAGUCGUCUUCCGAACAGAUACCAGGGACUUUAAGAUCCGACGACGCGACGGCAACGAGAACGUCGCUUAAAAAGUGAAUUUGCGUUCUUUCAGUCUUUAUCGCAGUUAUUCCUACCCACUUACUUUGUCAAAUGUAGGCGAACUCUCCUGGAAUUGAAUUCCUAGGGACCAUAUCCAAGUUCAAAAAGAGAAAUAAAAUUUCGUCGUUGCUUGUUUAUGUCGGCCUACAUGAAACGCGAAAUUAGGCAUUUUCACGUCGUAGUCGUGCAAAAACGGGCAAAGAAAUGUACAAAAAAGAGUGAUGCACGUGCAAAGUUGUUGUUUUGCUUACAAAACCUAUAAUAAUUGUUUUUUGACGUUCUCGUUGCCGUCCUCGUCGUUAUAUCUUAAAGUCCCUAUUUUCCGAAAAUUGACGUUAGGUGCCCCGUGCGAAUAUUCCAUUUUAGCACGGUUUUAUCAGAAACUACAAAGAACUGCUUAUAGCUCUGGACUGCGUAAUUGUAAGAACGAAUUCUCGCCAAGAAACAUUUCAUUCUGCUUUCCAUAAUUUGUAGAUUGCAAUGCCGGGUAAUGGGGUCUGUGGAGUUUAGUUAGUCAAUAAUUGAAUCACCAUCAACAAACAACAUAAAACAAAGCUAACAUCAUUUCUGUUAAUGUGUAGGUCGAUGCAGUCGUUUUCAACCAUUCAGCCAUGUACUUAGAAUUCUCUCAAAUUACCCCGCUGUAGGAAAUCACGGUUCGAGAAGUUGCUUGACCUCAAACGAUGAAAAGUACCUUCUUUUUAUAAGAGAUAGUAGAACGAAUAAAACCGCUCCUUUCGGAAGGUCACCACCUUCCAGCUCGAGAGGACACAUGAUAAUUAUCUUCCUGUUCUUGUUACGUUCUGACAGUGGCUCAGUGCUAAAAUUUUACGCGAUAUUAUCAAUGAAUAUUAUUAAAUAAUGUUUCAGUUUCACAGCUCUUUUUCACUCCAUUUAAAGUUCGGCUCACCACUCCGGCACCAUUUUCUGACGAAAGGAUUUCUGCCAUCUUAUAUGACGAUUGUCUUCAAAUCACAGGCUUCCUUGCAAGCACUGAACCUUAUUAAUUAUAAGUUCCCUGUCGUGUAUCCCUUACUUGGUGCCCUAACAACUGCUUGUAUUAAGAGCCCCUUACCCUACGUUAUCUAGUUGACUGGUCCUUACAUCAAUCAGGUCCUGCCAAUCAUUGACCUAUGACGAAAUGAUUACAUUCCGUUGUAGCUUAAACUGACAAAAACAUGGAAUGAAGCGACAUGCGUCAUGACUUUCCGUGAAGCUGAAGCUGUGUCAAAACCAUCUGAAACCAAAUUCCUGUGUCUUCUACAGUCGACCUUCUCUAAGACGGACACCUCUGGGACCCUCAAAAUGUAUCUGUCUUAAAGAGAUGUCCGUCUUAUAGAGAGUCAACUAAAAGGAGUAAAAGAAAGGCAGGGACCAACUCUAGGUGGCCGUUUUAGCGAGGUGUCCGUCUUAUAGCGGUGUCCCUUAAAAGAGAGCAGAGUUUACUUGCAAACGUAAAUAAUUUGUGAAGUAAAUGUUAUUAGUUUCUUACAAGUUUGUAAACCACAAUCAAAAUGAGAUCACCUCGCCCCGUGACAGCUAGUGUUGCCAGAGACUUGCAAUCUCCUAGCUUGUAAUGAAUGAUUUUAAUUUUUGUAACAAGGGAAAUGGGGGAAUCAAAUUACUGUUCCAAGAUUGUCCUAGAUCGUAGUCUUCUAAAUUCGCUAAUUUCAAACGAUUUGACCCAUAACCAAGAGAGAGAGAGAGAGAGUGACAGAGAGAAAUGAAGGAAGGGGGAGGGGUGACAUUUCAUACCAGGAUGUUAUUAAGUUAUAUUCAUCCGGUAUAGCUGAACAAAUUGGUCUCAGUAAGUCGUGAAAAACACGUAUCUGUCUAAACGGGAUUACCUAGUAAUGAGUUCCCGCUUAGCUGAAGCUUCGUCUUGGAGUACAUAAAUUCAAUUCUGGAGACAGACAUCUUCAGUUGUUACAUGACUUUGCUUUGCGCAUAAUGACGAGUUCAGGGAGCGGAUCUUCCCGCCUUCAUGUGGGUUGUUGCUGUGUAACGUUUAUCAGUGUACUUUUCUUCACUGCUGGCUUUGUAAGGUUGGAACUGGAAUUGAGAGCUCAGAGGGACAGAAUCUUCUCAUUGGAGAAAAACCAAGAGACAACUAAGACGGCAACGGAUUCUCCUUUCUUGAACAAAGGUAAUUCUAAGCUUCCUUUUCAUUUUAGACCUUUUACCAUUUGGGGUUGGGAAAUCCGUAGAAAGAUAACGGUUUUCCUAUCAAAAAUAGACUUAAUAAAAGUUUCCUCCUUUUGAAACCUGAUCUUAACUACGUAGAUCUACAAUUGCAUGUAAAACAUAUCACUUCAGCUUCAGCUCAGUAAGUUGUAAUGAGAUGGUCUGCCAGAGACCCCUUUUCAAUCAUUUUCACUUCCGGGGGAAAGUUUGGUUACAUUUAUGCAUGCAACACUGAUGCACCUUUUGAGUUUUUCUGUGACCAUCAGUUAAACGAAAUCUCUUCGGCAGUUCUUGAACAUGACUGGCUAUUUAUUUUCUGUGUUUUAGACAUUUGUCCCAUUUCCACGAUUUGAUUUGGGGCUUUGAUGAUAUUCUUGACAGUAAUCAGUCCGGAAUAUCCCUAAAUUUAAGGACAGGGCCAACUGGUCACGCGCCACUUUUUAACCAAUGAGAUGGGGCGCUUGUGUUUAUCAACAAACAAAUCAAAACAUCGCCCCAGUCAUCAAAAAGUUUCAAAACAACGGACGGAGUCGGACAGAAUUAAAGAUGAGCUUACAGUACUCGUCUAGGUUUCACAUUUAAUAUUUCAAAGAAAACAUGUCAUGUAAGAGAAUAAGAGCAUUAAACAUUGCAAGGAAUCAUUGGGGUGUUCGAACUGAUUCCGGACCGAUCGCAGAGGUCGUGGCUUCACUGGCAUCGCUUGCAAGAUUUUUGAUAGAAGCAAACUCGUCCCGUGAAAAAUAGCCUUUGAGAGAGUGUGAAAUUUGUUGAGAUCUUACAAAACAGCAUUGGUACUACCUAUUAACUUCUACAGGACAAGAAUCAAAGAACCAGUCAUCAUAACAAGAAUAGAAAGUAGUUCAAAUUUAUUAAUUUUUCUUGUUUGUUUUUUUGUGUAGUUGUUUCGUGUUGACUUCACGCAUCUGGUGCUUUCUUUGCUUGCUGUAUUACCUGCAAUGUUUUAAUUUUAUCCCAGAUAAUCAGUGCAUUUUCAAUGAGUAGCGAAAUACAGCAUGCAUUUACAAUUGAGAAUUGCCUUGUUUCCUUGAUUGUUUUUUAACGGCGGAUGAACAUUUGGAGAAUCCAACAACAUUAAAUCUUUCCAGAUUAGUGAAUUUCAGAAACAAAGCGGUUAGUAUCUACCUCGCGCUUAUGAUGUUCAAUUUCAUCCCCGCAAAUUCGGCAAAGUGAGGCGAGAUGUUGGACGUGAAUAUCCAUAAGACUAAUAAGUUGUUUUGGCCUUGAAAAGAAAAAAGGCAAAGGCUCGUACUAAUGCGAAAAAAAGUAAUAACACGGCUUUUGUGAGAAACCCGGGAGUGGAAAAAGUAUGUGUUUUGGACCUCGGAAUUCAAAAAUUGUCUUCCAAAAUUCUAGGUUGUCUACCAUCCCCACAUUCAACAUGAUAAAAGUUAAUCGAUAUGACAAUCGAGGAAAAAUAUCUAGAACUUCGUAAAAAUCUGUGAAUCGAAAAAAUAAUAGAUACUUGUUCACCUACCUUGAAAGCCGACCAAAAUCUCUCCUAUACAUCGCGUUGUUUAAAAGAUAAAAGAAGAAUAAGCCACAAAAUGUGCUGAAUAUUUCACGAGACACUUCCAAUAUGGCUUCCGAUACGCUGUCCACUUAAAAAAAAUUUGUAUGCCUCAUGAAAAGUCUUAAAAAUAUGCCUGGGAACCUCGAAACGAUGACUGAUUCUGUCCGACUCCGUCCGUUGUUUUGAAAAUUUUUGAUCACUGGGGCAAUGUUUUGAUUUGUUUGUUGAUAAACACAAGCACGCCUUCUCAUUGGUUGAAAAGUGUCGCGUGACCAGUUGGCCCUGUCCUUAAAUUUAGGGAUAUUCCGGACUGGUAAUGGGAGCAGAGAAUCGUGCUCUUCGAAAAACAAAACAACAGACAUCUAAGACCCCACGUCCUUAUGCAAAGGUCUCAUUUUUAUGCUUCCUUGUCAGGCUUUUAGAUUUUCUACAAUUUCCGGUUCGAUAAGACGGGAGCAGAAAAUGUCUCUCACAGAUACUUAAGAUAUUAACCAAAUAAUUAACACUUAUAUAAUCAUGAACUUGCCAACUGAUUUUUAAAAAAUAAAACCAGGAUUUUCCAAGUGGAUUGUCAUAUCGUAUAAAUCUUUACAAAUUUCUAAGAGACUAUUUGUGACCACAAAAUUAAAAUCUUAUGGAGGAUCAAGAAGAAAAGAAUUCUUGCUAUCACGUGCUUUUUAUAUCUACAGUAAGCAGAUUGAGAGAAUAAGACCUAUUGUUUGUUCUUCAAUUCGACGUAUUGUAAACUAUUCAUUCUGCAAGCUCUGACCUUUUAGACGGAAAACAUAGAGAGAUUAAAGAGAUUAAGAUUCAAGUUAACGCCAAACAGCAAACGUGAUUUGUACAACGUGAUCAAGUUCUUCCCUUAAUAGACCUUGUCACGGUUUUCGACGCUAUCUUGACGAGUAGGCAAACGCGUGAGAAAUUACAGUGAUUGUAUGAGAAUCUAAUGUCGAAUAAUUUCCGUAGAACGGCUGUUCUGAAAAAAACAUGAUUUGUAAACUAAAGCUUUACUCCUAAGGAUUCUCUUGAAAAAAAUUGAGGGCGUUACAUGCACUAGAAGACCUAGAACCACUUUUUAAAAUUUUCUAUACAUUUGUCUGUAAGAAAGUCCCGGGAAAAUUACAGACAAAUAUAUGGAAAAUCUAAAGAAAGCCUCUGGAGAAAUUUAAGCACAGGUACGCCCCUAAAUUUUUUUGGACAAUCCUUUGCUUUUUAGCUUUAGUUUACAAUUAAUAUUUUGUUCAGAACAGCCGUUUUACGGAAAUUAUUCGACAUUAGAUUCUCAUACAAACACUGUAAUUUCUCACGCGUUUGCCUACUCUUCAAGAUGGCGUCGAAAACCGUGACAAGGUCUAUUGUCGUUAACUGUUUAUUUCUUCAACUAAAAAAUAAGUAGUUUCACGCCAGUUUAUGCAGUCAUAAGAAUUGUUCUGGACAGUUUUUAUCUGCUUAUUUUCUAUUCUGAGAAAUUCUCAACUUGAAUCUGACGUUUGCCGUUUGGUGUAAACGUGAAUCUUAAUCUCUCUAUUAACAGGCCACAAAACUGAAUACCGAUAAGCAAACAGAGGGUCUCAAUGGGGUUAACUGUUAGCCGUUAGGCGUGAAAAUUGAAUAAAAUUAACCGUUAGCCCUAAAAAAUGUUAACCGUAAAAAAUUAUGGCCAUAAAAAUAAAUUUCCAAGGUCUCGUCUGAAGACUUAAUAAAUCUUGAAUCUGAUGAUUUUACUAGUUUUUGUAGGCUAUAGUAGAGGGAGAAAAUGUUUUUAACUUUCUUUAAAUUUUUUUAAUGAACACUAGUGAGCAGCACGAAGCAAAAGGUGUAUCUUUUUAACUUGACGUAUUUCUCCUAGUUUCUAUCGGUUUCUUCUGAUUACACAGACUUCAUCACUGAGUAUACAAGAGGGAGCUAUAAGGAACUAACUUUACGCGUAAUGAUUAAGACAAAAUCACGUUCUUGUACGGGUGUGAACAGCAAAAAACACCCACAAAAUAUACAAGUAGGAUAUGACUAUAAUCCUGCGUUACAAAAUUCGCAAAGUUUAAUUUUGGACUCGCGGAUUUAACUUUAAAUCCGUGAGUUCCAACUGAAAUUAAUGAUUAAACAAUUAAUCAAGUUAACAAGAUUCUCGCGUUGCUUUGUGCUGCUCACUAGUGUUCAUUUAAAAAAAUUAAAAAAAAAAAGAAAAAACAACGGUAAGCCACGACAUUAACGUAAACUGGAGAACUGUUAUUCACACAGCAUGGAUGUUGCCUUAAAUGUUUCAACGGGUACAUUUAUCACACUUUCACAAAUACGAGUAAACAUACUUUCCUGUUUUAUUUGUUUUGUAUACGUCAAAGUGCCGCGCUGUAGAAAUGAAGAUAUAGACCAGAAUGUUCCUGAAACUUCUUACAACAAUGAAAAUUAAUUUUAACUUUUUAAAUCAAUAAACAAUUAAUGAAUGAUACGAAAGCCGAAUUCAAUAAUUGUUUUAUUAUUCAUUGAAAAUAAUUCCUAGUUUUAAAACAGAGCUAAAACAAGCUUACCUGCAUCGAUGUUAAGUUUAUCUGCGAUAGUUUACGUUUAGGUUUGUCCAGCUCCGCAAAUAUUCUCCAAACAGCAGAUGUCGCCCUCCGAGUUGUCUUCUUACUGUUUUUGCUAUGUUUUUUGCUAUUAUUACGCCUGGUUCCAGCUGUUGUUUUUACUCUUGAAACGAGUGAAGUGUCCGCCAUUUUUAUUUUCACAACCAAAACAACUCAGCCUCGUUCCCACGGUACCUUAACCUGUAAGAACGCUGCAUUUUUGACGUCAUUUCCUCGUUAAAGUCAAAAUUCUUCCAAAUUUGUCAUCAGUAACUGAUUAUAGUGAAUUUAUGCGUGUGCUUUUAGCCAAUCAGAAUUGGGGAAAUAUUUUGAAUGAAUAAUAACUGUAAUUAAUUUUUAACAGAUAUCAGUUAACUGUAACGGGAAAUAAUUAACCGUUAGCCGUAACAGACACUACCCCAUUAAGACCCUCCUAAUAGUGAAUAAACAACCAUAUCCUAAUUCGCUCAAGCGCGCCGUUAUCCUGACACUAUGGCCACUUUUUUUUGUUUCAGAUAUUCUUUCCGUGAAUAUUGACUCGCAUUUGUCUCCAGAUGUAAAACGACAUCGAAGCGCUCGAGCCCUCAAGCCCUCGGACAAAAACAACAGUUCUCUGACUCCAGCGAUACAAAAACAAAUCACUAAAGCUGUCAACUCUGCAACACGUAAAGUCUGCACCAAGAAAGGACGCCACAUAUGUGUGAAGGGAUCUCGGGGACCUCGGGGACCCCCGGGACUUCAAGGACCACCGGGACCUCAAGGACCUGCAGGACCCCGAGGACCUCAAGGAUCUCAAGGACCUCAGGGGCCCCCUGGUUUGAAGGGACUAAGAGGGGACCCUGGAGAAUCAAAUUCAUCGAUUCCAACUUCCCUGGAGCCAGUUGUGAACCAAUCAGUGGACGUCAUUAAGGCUCCUGGGAUUUUCGUCCAACCGGCUGUUAUGAUUGUCGCUUUAAACGAGUCAGCUAAAUUUCAGUGUACACCGGAUAAAAACGUUGUUGCAACAAUCUCAUGGACUAAAAAAGAUGGAUCUCUCCCCGUUGGAAGAUAUGCCAUAGUCAAAGGAAUACUGUAUAUGAAGAAUGUGAUCAAUGGUGAUAAUGGGAUGUACGUCUGUACAAUAAGUACAGAUCAAGGAACCGCUCAGGCAGCUGUCACACUUCAUGUCCGAGGUAAAAUAAUACACAGCAAUAAUUUGUCCAAUAAAAUGCACUCUUCUAUGACAGAACGUUUACAGUACACUCAUACUUAGUUAUCCUUAGUCUUUAUACCGAAUAUUGAUAAAACUACAUUUAUAUCGUCGAUCCCGCUUUCUUCUUUUCUUGAUGUCUAAAAAUCCCUUCAGUUACUAUUACAAUUUUUGGGGUACUGGCCUGUUCCAGGACGGCCUAUUACCCUGUCUGUUCCAAUCAAUCCGUUCACUACUCAGUUUUAAAAAAGCGAUGUCUAUCCCUGAACUCAACUUUUUAUUGUUUUCAUCAUUAUGUUCUAACCAAAAGUGUAUUUCUACCAUAUGAUUUAUAAAUUAAGAGUAGACGUAGCCCCUAAAUUUAUUAUUUGAUGAAAAUAUGUUUCAUGUGCAUGCUACAUUUUCAAUCCUUUCUUCCAAGAAGUAUAAGUACAUGAAAAACAAAAUUAAAUUAAAUCCCUACAGUAGGCAAAUCGAUUACGUCAAUAAAAUAUAAGAUGAAUUAUAAUCUAAUCUUAUAAUAUUCCUCUAUUACAGCUCUUCCGGAUAUUUCCCUUCUCCCUGGACCAAUAUACGCUGAGAUGGGUAAAGAUAUCAGUCUCCCCGAGUGCGGGGUCAUCGGAUAUCCCCCUCCAGUGAUCUCCUGGACAAAGCUUUUUGAUCAACUUCCAACUGGAAGAAGCGCUGUAGAAGGUCAAACCUUGACGAUAAAAAAACUGGAGAAAAAAGACGGAGGAACAUACAUCUGCACGGCUAAAAACGCCAUGGGCGCUUCGCACGCCAUGACAACUUUGAUCAUUAAUGUGGUGCCUCAAUUUACUGUCAAACCACCAAAGAAGAUAGAGAUUUAUCAUGGACAGUCAGUUACACUGAACUGCUCCGCAGUCGGACAUCCAGUUCCGAAAAUAACAUGGUCAAGAUGCAAAGGAGAUAUGCCAGAAGGACGCACACGGGUGAAGGACGGACAGCUUAAUAUAAACAGCUUGACAGCUGAAGACAGUGAUGUUUAUACUUGCUCUGCCCAGAGUGAGACGGUUCGCGUGGAGACUGAAGUACAACUCACUGUGAAAACUGGUAAGCAGAGAUAAUUUUGAGGUGAAGUUAACAGAGGUUACCUAAUAGAUAUUUCAAAGAUUAGAGAGAAUAGAAGAUGUAUCAUUUGGUGGCCCAAAUAAAAUGAAAAUCGGUCGGGCAGAAAUUUUGAUGGUGGAAAAAAUGCCCAAAGUUUUUUCCUUGUUGUAAAUUGCUUAAAGUCUCUCAGCCCCUUUGUUAGAGGGCGGUAUUCAGCAAACUUCAUUCGCUGAUAUGAAGAAAGCGCCUGUUCGUAAUUUUUUUUAAAAAAAUCCCAUGAGUAGUCAUUGGUGGAUUUUUCGUUCCUUCACCCCAUUUGCGCGCCUUCGGCGGCUCAUUUUUGAGUUCGCGGUGAAUUGAGUUUCCUUCACCGCGUUCACUUUUUCCAGCGAGAUAGAUUGUGUUCGUGGAAGGCACCCUUAAUUUGUCCCUCUAAGGGAGCAGUAUUGUUAAAAGCAUAAUUUUUCGUCGAUUUCCACCCUUUUCCUUUAAUAUCUAGCCAAGAUUUCGUGCAAUCAAAAAAUGAAUCCAUUAAGUUGGAGUCCUUAAUUCAAUAAUUUUUUUGAGAAUUUUGGAUGAUUUUUCGAAUGUUUUUAAUGUACAAAAAUUAGGGGCGGGGGAUGUUUAAAGUUUUGGAAAAAUUAGAAAAUAUUGGAAUUGGGGGUAAUAAAAAGUAAAAUAUGAUGUGAAAAAUUUGUAGGCAAUUACCAGAUAGUCCACCACCACAACAAGGUGCCUCUGAUCCUAUUAGCGGACUAACUCAUGCUGGUUUCUGUGUAUACCUUAUUUUCUAACCUAAUUUAUUUGCCUCCCAAGUCAAUAUUUCCCAAUCAAUAUUUAAAAAACCAACCGUAAUGGCCCCUUAAUCGAACUAAGGCCCCGUUUGCAUGGAGAAAAGUUGUACUGGGAAACAGUGUCACCCUUCUGGCCGAGUCAACUUUAGCGAGCGUUUAUAAGAGAAAAAAGUUCACCCCUCGGGCAUGCUUUGAUUAUCUAAACGGCGCACGCAUGCCCUGAUGGCCCUGACCGACUUGACUCGGUUGGGUGAGCCAAAGUGUUUAUAUGAAGAAAAGUUGGCCCAGCUAGCAUGGUGACCCUAGGCUGUUUCCCCUUGCCGAGCUAACUUUUUUGUUUCUCAUGUAAACGAUUCGCCUCGUUUUGUAAGGAAAUGUAUAAAAGGUUGGCUCGCCCAGGAUAGCUCCGCUACUCGGACAAUUUUUCUCCGUAUAAAGGGGCCUGAGACAAAAACAUGUUUGUGAAGCAAACCCUGCGUCUGGGAAGAAAAUCACACGUAAGCCUGAUGCUAAAAAAUUUCCUUGUAAGCCGAGAUUAGCUUACUGAAAAAAUGUUUUGAUUUCAAUUCGACUUAACUCGUACACAACUGCCUUACAGGUCACGCAUCAGUAUUUUCAGUUUUAACUACCCAUUAAGGUUCCGCUUAAAAAUGCUGGUCAAGGAAGUCCUAUUCAAAAAAAUGGCACAGUUUCCAUCAACAUUUUAUCUUUCUAAUGAGUUUUGAGCUUCCCCUCACCCUUCCCUCAAUUAAACUGAAGCUCACCCAGAAGCUAUCUCACUCCCAUGACGAAAAAUUCUUGCAAGGACCACUUAGACAAACGGCAGUGAGGGGAAGCCGGACCUUGGUGUAGAUCAGUAUCAGCGAUGUAGGUAACACACAGAUCAGAGUGUUAAGGCUGAUUGGACAACAAUGAAUAGGAAAUUUAUUUCCCUAUCUCCCCGUCCAUAGUGGUCAAACCAAUCUGCCUUGCCUGAAGUCAGUUUAACGUCUUCGUCCCAUAACCCAUCUAACAUUUGCACUGGUUCUUUCAGGUUGUUAGCACCUAAAAGUGAGGCUCGAUAUGAUAAGCUAUUUCUUUGAUUAUUAACUCAUUUAUUUAUUGAUUCAUUCAUUUAUUUAUUUAUAGUAACUGACUUAAAAUAAUUGGUUUUAUUAUUUUUUAAUUUUUACAGCCCGAGAUUGUGCCGAGCUGUUGAACGCCGGUUUCAAAGAGAAUGCCGUGUACGCAGUAAACCCAACAAAUAAGACCAGUUUUGAGGUGUUCUGUGACAUGAAGACUGAUGGUGGAGGGUGGACAGUCUUUCACAAGCGCUUUAAUGGCUUUGUUGGAUUCUACAGGGGGUGGGACGAGUACAAAAACGGCUUUGGUGACGUCAGAGGAGAGUUUUGGCUUGGAAACGAGAAGAUUCAUCAACUGACAGAAAUUCCCAGUCAGCUGCGAGUGGAAAUUAAGACAAAAAAUGAUGGCAACAAGUACGCCAAGUACGGUAAUUUUACAGUUACUAACGAAGCGUCUAACUACACGUUGUUUGUUGGGUUUUACUCUGGUACAGCUACAGAUCAACUGGCUCUUCAUAAUGGCAUGGCUUUCACUACAAAGGACCGCGACAAUGACAAAUCUGGUGCCAGUAACUGUGCUGUAAGUGGAAAGGGAGCAUGGUGGUACGAAGGCUGUUGGGAAUCAAACCUGAAUUCCAAUUAUGGUGACAGUACCUAUUCCUGGAAUUGGAACUCACUCCUGGCUAGUGAAAUGAAAUUGAAACCCGCAAGGUCUAAAUGA